GUCGGUGCGGAGCCACCUGUGAGUAAUUAAUUAGCCGGUGCUGGUUCUCGGCGCGCCGUGGCCCGGGGGCUGCCAGGUUGCUGUGUACCUGGCAAAUGUUCCCAGACUGAGAAUGGCAUGAUGUGGAGGGCACUACAGUGAAAGUGUCAAAUGCCCCUUUCUUUGGAGACCUGCAAACGAAAAAGAAAUAGAAGCCAUUAAACCUACCUUGUUCAGAGAGAACAUUAACUCAGCACAACAUGGCCCAGCAUAGUGUUGUCCUUGGAUUAUUCAUGAUGACUGUUUUAUCACUGUUGGAUGGAAGUUCAGCUUUCCUGUUAAAUCAGCGUCUGAAGGGAAGAUUUCAAAGAGACCGUAGAAACAUCCGCCCAAACAUCAUCCUUGUUCUUACUGAUGAUCAGGAUGUAGAACUUGGUUCUAUGCAGGUGAUGAAUAAAACCAGACGGAUCAUGGAGCAGGGAGGGGCCCAUUUCAUCAACGCCUUCGUGACGACGCCCAUGUGCUGCCCGUCGCGCUCCUCCGUCCUGACGGGCAAGUACGUCCACAACCACAACACUUACACCAACAACGAGAACUGCUCCUCUCCCUCCUGGCAGGCUCAGCACGAAAUAAGGACGUUUGCAGUGUACCUCAACAACACAGGCUACAGGACAGCUUUCUUUGGAAAGUACCUAAAUGAAUACAAUGGCUCCUAUGUGCCUCCUGGUUGGAAAGAAUGGGUUGGAUUACUUAAAAACUCUCGAUUUUACAACUACACACUCUGUAGAAAUGGAGUGAAGGAGAAGCAUGGAUAUGACUACUCCAGGGAUUAUCUAACUGAUCUGAUUACCAAUGACAGUAUUACCUUCUUCAGACUCUCCAAGAAGAUGUAUCCUCACAGACCCGUGCUGAUGGUUAUAAGCCACGCUGCUCCUCAUGGCCCUGAAGAUUCAGCCCCUCAGUACUCACACCUCUUUCCUAAUGCCUCACAGCACAUCACUCCCAGUUAUAACUAUGCUCCAAACCCAGACAAGCACUGGAUCAUGAGGUACACUGGUCCCAUGAAGCCCAUACACAUGGAGUUCACUAACAUGCUGCAGAGGAAGCGCCUGCAAACACUCAUGUCUGUGGAUGACUCGAUGGAGAUGAUUUACAACACGUUGGUUGAAACAGGAGAACUGGACAACACGUAUCUGAUAUACACAGCAGACCAUGGUUACCAUAUUGGGCAGUUUGGGCUGGUGAAAGGGAAGUCCAUGCCCUAUGAGUUCGACAUCAGAGUUCCCUUCUACGUCCGAGGUCCCAACGUCGAGGCCGGGUCCUUGAAUCCUCACAUCGUGUUGAAUAUUGAUCUCGCACCUACGAUUCUGGAUAUUGCUGGGUUGGAUAUUCCCUCUGACAUGGAUGGUAAAUCCAUUCUAAAGCUGCUGGAUUCGGAGAGACCAGUAAAUAGGUUCCACUUAAAGAAAAAGAUGAAGGUGUGGAGAGACUCGUUCCUUGUGGAAAGAGGUAAACUGCUGCAUAAGAGGGAGAAUGAGAAGGUAGAUGCCCAAGAAGAAAACUUUCUACCCAAAUACCAGCGUGUGAAAGACCUCUGUCAGCGAGCUGAGUAUCAAACAGCUUGUGAACAGCUUGGCCAGAAAUGGCAGUGUGUGGAAGAUGCCAGUGGAAAGCUCAAGCUGCACAAGUGCAAGGGAAUGGCCAACUUGGCAGCUGCAGGCAACCGCAAAGGCACCUCCAACCUUCUGCCCAAGUAUUACAGCAGGAACAGGGAGGAAUGCAACUGUGAGGAGAAUGAAUACAAACUGAGCCACGCUGGACAAAGGAAGAAACUCUUCUCCAAGAAAAGUAAGAUUGAAACCUUGCAAAAUAAAAUAAAAAACCUGAGGGAGGUGAGAGGUCAUCUAAAGAAGAAACGACCUGAGGAGUGUGAUUGUAACAAGAUAAGUUAUCAUUCAAAACAUAAAACCAAACUGAGGCACAAGGGAUCCAGUCUUCAUCCUUUCAAGAAAGCCCUCCAGGAGAAGGACAGGCUGUGGCUGCUGCGGGAGCAGAGGAGGAAGAAGAAGCUGCGCAAGCUGCUGAAGAGAAUCAAAAACAACGACACGUGCAGCAUGCCCGGGCUCACCUGCUUCACCCACGACAACCAGCACUGGCAAACUGCCCCCCUCUGGACACUGGGCCCUUUCUGUGCCUGUACCAGUGCCAACAACAACACGUACUGGUGUUUGAGGACAAUCAACGAGACCCACAACUUCCUGUUCUGUGAAUUUGCUACUGGAUUUCUGGAGUAUUUUGAUCUCAAUACCGAUCCAUAUCAGCUAAUUAAUGCAGUGAAUACGCUCGACAGAGAGGUUCUCAAUCAACUGCACGUCCAGCUCAUGGAACUCAGGAGCUGCAAAGGGUAUAAGCAAUGCAAUCCAAGAACUAGGAACAUGGAUCUAGGACUUAAAGAUGGAAGCUACGAGCAGUACAGGCAGUUUCAGCGUCGAAAAUGGCCAGAUGUGAAGAGACCAUCAUCUGCCAAGUCACUAGGACAACUGUGGGAAGGCUGGGAGGGCUAAUCUCCCCAACUGCUGCACCUCCAUGAGGAUACAAACUGGCCAGAACUUGAAUCCAUGUACAGACUAAAUGAAUUGUAACAUUAGCCUGAAGGACUGGAUAAACUUUGAGGCUGAAAUAGGUAGAACGUUUGCACUGGUGAGUGAGUUAAAUAGAUGCAGUGAAACUGUGGGAAAUGCUGUCAGAAAUACAGGUCUCUGAACUCUACUAUUGUACCUGCUUUUUGCUUUGGAUUAUACCUCACCUGCUUCACGAGGCAUUUUACUUCCAAGAAGACACAAGUAACGCUGAGCCAGCAGCUGAGAGAAGAGGAAGCACAGCCCCAUCCCAAAGAGAGCCAUUCCAGCGGCAGCGUUUACACAGACAGCUGAGGGAAACUCCAAACCAUUGUCAGUUCAACCUUCUCUUCAGUUGUCACAGAAACACUUCAAAGCCAAGUAUAACUCUAAAGCAAGAUUUAGAAUCAUGGAUGCUUUUGCUUCUCACUGGGGUGAAGGCAGUGGUUGAACAGAACUUUGAGCAGCACUGAGUGUUCUCAACACCACGAUAUUUCUCCAGUCUCCUCUGAGGAUACAUUUUAGUUCCAUCUGUUUGUCCAUCCUACUGCCACCUCUACGAAGAUUAGAGAAAAUCUUCACUAACAGAUUUUUGGAGGGGUUGUGUAAAAUAUUGCUCAAUAUACUGUUUGCAAAGCAAUUCCUUCAGGUUGUAAAGAAUUUUGUUAAUAAAAAGAGUGUAAUGCCCAUGGCCCGUUUCUCAAAAUGUUACUUACUGUGGCUUAGGACAGUCAGAAUUCAUCCAUUUUUAGAAGUACUGAAAAAUUUCGGUAAAUGUACAUCUCAAAUUUUAACAAAAUCAGAUUUGUAUGAAGUUUUUUUUUUUGUGGUAAUAGCCUGUUGUGUGUUCAAAACCAAAACAGCUCCUUUGAGAAAGCAGCAUUUGCUCAGCAGUGUAACUUCUACAUUUAUUUUUGAAAAAAGGCAGCUCUGAGAAGUUCAAUACUUGUAGUCAAUAAAGAAUAAUCUAGUUAAUAGUUUAGUCUACAAAAAAAGUUAAAGUUCUGAAUGACAGUUACUGUUUAAAGGCUUUUAAAGGGAAAAAAAAACCCCUAUCAUUUUACUAAAGAAGCACAGUGUACAGAGUUAUUUGAGUAUUUUCAUAAGGACAUUAUUAAAUACAUUGUAGUACAGGCCAUUGUAGCACAGGCACUAGUGGUGAGAUUUGUAUUUAUAAUCCAUGUUACUCUGCUACCUGUUUUAAAGGCACGUGCCCGAGGGUGCUCAUGGGGCAGGACUUGACCAACUGUGGCCUUCACUCCUAACAAAGAGGUACUUUCUAUUUUAAAACAGAAACUUAACUUGCUCUUUUAGAAAUGCAGUUUAAAAAGAAGAAAAAAUACAGCAUGGAAAUUAUUUUGGAACCCUUCCUGGUUU